AUGCCCACCGGGAAGAACUCAGUGUCGCCACAGGCCUUCUACGCAUGCUAUCUACUCCGAUCUAUCCCCUGGAAGGGGAAGCAUUAUGUCGGGUCAACUCCGUUUCCGCUUCGGCGCCUCCGUCAACAUAAUGGCGAAGCGACGCAGGGAGCAGCAAGAACAAAGCACGGUAGACCAUGGGAAAUGACGUGUAUUGUCUAUGGCUUCCCUACUUCUCUAGCUGCUUUGCAGUUCGAGUGGGCAUGGCAAAAUCCACACCUUACUCGCCAACUGCCCUCCUCCUUCAAGGAAACACUGCGUACCGAAGUCCGUGGAAAAAAGAAGAGGGCGUCCUGCAAGGUCACGUUUGAUAAGAGGCUGGAGUGUGCGCAUGCCAUGCUAGCUACUGGGUGGACUAGAUGGCCUUUGAAGGUCAAGGUCUUCAACGAGGCAACCUGGCGGACUUGGAAUAAGAUUAUGGAGAAGGCUCAUGAUCGUUUACCAGCUUGGGUUACAUGCGAGCUUGAUUUACGGCGAGAGCCAUCAGAGGGACCUCCAGACGUUGCCAAUGCAAUGGAGACGGACUCCGCACUGGAAGAAAUAGGAUUCGGAGACGAUGCUCCACCAUCUUCGCAGAAGAAAGGCAAAGGCAAGCCCAAGCAACCGGAAUCAGCAACUACCAAGAAGCGGGGGAAGCCAGGUCUUUACACCCCGGACAACAAUGGCGGAGUCCGUGGCCUUGACAUCACGAACUCCCUGUUUUCUACUCCACAAAUCACGAAAGCAGAGCAGUUGCUCACUACAUCAGCUCCUAUGGCAUGCGGCAUAUGCAAGGUGUACAUGAGCGAACCGGGUGUACCAAGUUUUGCGGAUCCCAAUGUUGCAGUCUGUCCGGGUGACGGAUGCACCCACAUCGCCCACCUCCAUUGCCUAUCUUCCCAUUUUUUCGCUCAAACACCUGCUGAGGAACGAGACGAGCUACUCCCAACCCACGGUACCUGUCCCAGCUGCAAACAAGAUAUCCGCUGGGGUGAUGUUAUUCGCGGGGUCAAUGCUCGUCGUCGCGCAGAUGAGGUUAGGCAGAAGAAGGGUUUGAAAGUGGGGGACGCGGAGUACGCGGAAUGGAUGAUGAAUGAAGUUGCGGAGGAGGAAGAUUUGUCGGAGAUGUCGUCCUCAUCUGAAGGGGAAUCAGAGGAAGGAGUCGUUGAUCUUGCAAUCUUUGAAAAUGUUUGUGAGUCGGUUACCGGUACCGGGCAAGGUUUGGCCCCAGAAAACCCCGAAGUUGCUCCCGCUCCCGCUCCUGCACCGAAGAAGCGAGGAAGACCAAAGAAAGCUACCGUUCCGACUACGACGCCAGCGACAGAACCGGCAGCACAAGAGUCAAUAAUCAACGGUGAAGAAGCCAUAUGUGAUAUCACCCACAUGGACGAAGAUACACCGCCACCGGCACCCAUGCCAAAGAAGCGCGGGAGACCCAAGAAGGUUGCGCCGACGCCGACGACGGUCGCUGCUUCUGGACCUACCUCGGCACCGUCAGAAGAAGCAGGACCAAGUGAAGUUGUGGUGCAGGAAAGUGCUGAGCCAGCCAAGCCAGCCCCAAAGAAACGGGCAGGACGGAAGAAAUCGCCAGCGGCACCGAUUACGAUCGAUGAUAGUGAGGAUGAGAGGAAUGGACAUUCAGCGGGAGACGUGAUUGUGCUUUAG